AUGUCAGACGGUUUCUCUUUAUCCGACGCCUUGCCCUCCAACACCAGCCCGACCCCCUGCGCGCCCCCACCCCAAGGCUGGCCCUCCUGGGGGAGCCAGCCACCAGCUCCCGGGGGGUUCCCGGCGUACCCCGGCCCCCCGGGGAUGUAUCCUCCCUCACCAGCAGCACCUGGGAUGUAUCCUGGAGCACCGGGGCCAUAUCCGGGAGCAGCAGGGCCGUAUCCGGGAGGACCAGCAGGACCAGGACUGUAUCCGGGAGCACCUGGAGCACCAGCAGGACCAGGGCCAUAUCCUGUCCCAGGACAACCGCCUAGUGGCCCUGGAUUUGGGCCCCCUGCUCCGCAGGGGGGGCCAGCUCCUCCCAUGNACAUCCCCUUCGAGCUGUCCCUGCCCGCAGGACUCAUCCCUCGGCUGCUCAUAACCAUCACGGGGACCGUCAACCCCAACCCAAACAGGUUUUCACUGGAUUUCAAGAAAGGGAACGACAUUGCCUUCCACUUCAAUCCCCGUUUUAAGGAAGGUAACAGGAAAGUCAUCGUCUGCAAUUCCAUGUUCCAGAACACCUGGGGCAAGGAGGAGAGGAUAGCUCCUCGCUUUCCAUUUGAAGCUGGAAAACCUUUCAAGCUCCAGGUGCUGUGCGAGGCGGAUCACUUCAAGGUAGCGGUCGACGACGCUCACCUGCUGCAGUACAAUUUCCGUGAGAAGCAGCUGAAGGAGGUCACCAAGCUCUGCAUCGCUGGGGACAUCGCCCUCGCCAGCGUCGUGCCCACCCUGAUCUAA